GAGCCCUAUGUAAACAAACACACACUGGGCAUGCGUCGCUGGAAUAAUGGAGGACUGUCUUUUUUACCCGGACUGAAGAUGUCCCUAUUUCUACUCCUAUUGCCUGCGAGCUGAGAAAAAUAACCCAACUCCUCUACAUUUCGGCGCCAGCCCCAAGAUGACCACAGACACGCCAGCCCAAAGCGUGGGCUCCAGGAUAAUGACGUUCACCCCUUCCAAAGAAGAGUUUAAGGACUUCAGCCGCUACAUUGCCUACAUGGAGUCACAAGGAGCGCACAGAGCGGGAAUGGCUAAAGUUAUUCCGCCUAAAGGCUGGAAACCCAGGAGGACGUAUGACGACAUCGACAACCUGGUGAUUCCUGCUCCCAUUCAGCAGGUGGUGACCGGCCAGUCAGGACUGUUCACGCAGUACAACAUCCAGAAGAAGCCAAUGACCGUCCACGAGUUCCGCAAGACCUCGAACAUGGACAAGUAUUGCAGUCCGCGAUAUGUGGAUUUUGAUGAGCUGGAGAGGAAGUUUUGGAAGAACUUGACGUUUAACCCUCCGCUUUACGGCGCUGAUGUCAGUGGGACACUGUACGAUCAAGAUGUGACUGAAUGGAACAUCGGGCGUCUCAACACCAUCCUGGACACCGUGGAGAACGAGAGUGGCAUCAAAAUCAAAGGAGUCAACACGCCGUACCUCUAUUUCGGCAUGUGGAAGAGCGCCUUCGCGUGGCACACGGAGGACAUGGAUUUGUACAGCAUCAACUACCUUCAUUUUGGAGAGCCAAAGUCCUGGUACGUUGUCCCUCCAGAGCAUGGAAAAAGACUAGAACGGCUUGCCAAGGGAUUUUUUCCAGGGAACGCCCAGAGCUGUGAAGCCUUCCUGCGGCACAAGAUGACUUUAAUUUCCCCGUCAAUCCUGAAAAAAUACGGCAUACCCUUUGAGAAGGUCACCCAGGAGGCCGGCCAGUUCGUUGUGACGUUCCCAUUUGGCUACCACGCUGGUUUCAACCACGGCUUCAACUGUGCAGAGUCCACCAACUUUGCCACCCAGCGAUGGAUCGAUUACGGCAAACAGGCAACGCUGUGCUCAUGCCGUCAGGACAUGGUCAAGAUCUCCAUGGAUGUAUUCGUACGCAAGUUUCAGCCCGACCGCUACAAGCUGUGGAAGGCAGGGAAAGACAACUCUGCCAUCGACCACUCCAAGCCCACGCCGGAGGCUGCGGAGUUUCUGACGAAAGACCAGAUCGAGGCUUCAGAAGAGAGCCCCAGUGAAGCUGGAGCUGAGGAGCCCGCAACUCCCGUCCAGGAGAAUAAAAGUCCAAAGCCUCAGACCGGGACGAAGCGUCAGCUAGAAGCCGUCGAAGCCUCUGAAGAAGUCAAACCCGUGCCAACAGUGAAGGAUACUGAGGAGAUGGAGCCAAAAAAGGCCAAGCUGACACCUGAGGAGUCUCCAACUAAAGUCGCUGGCAAGCCUGAUAAAGACGCAGUGAAAGUCAAACCGGAGCCUAAGGAGAAGGACACCAAGCCUCCGUCUAAGCCCCAGUCCAAAGCCAGCAGCAAGAAAACUUCAAACAGACGAAGCCCCUUGAAGAAAGAGAAGAACGGCGUGCCGCCUGCGGACGUCUGUCAGCCCGAGCCCGUCGAGAGCCAGGUGGUGGCUCCGAGCUCCGAGGAGGUCCGGGCCAGCGAGGAGCCCAAGCUGGGCAGCAGCUGCAGUCCGGCGCAUAAACUGUUUCAGAGGACGCUGAGCCCCGCGGACGUGCUCCACGUCCACAGCUACGCCAAAGGAGACUAUGGAGAGGGCGAUGUCUUCCCUAAGGAGGAGAGGAAGAGCGAGGGUAGUGACAGCGAAGCGGAGAAAGACAGCAGACACGUUAGCCGCGCACAUGUGCUAGAAGUGGUGUCUGGAGAUGGAGAGCUGGAGAGUGAUCUAGGGCAGCUGCCAGGCCACCACCCACUCAUAAAGGAUGGCAUGAGUGAUGAAGAGGUCCCAGAGGAGGCGCCACCAGUAGAGGAGGGUGGCCUGGAAGGAGAGAGCUGGGCUAAGCCCCUGACUCACCUGUGGCAGAGCAGACCCCCCAACCUGAAGAGAGAGAGGGAGUACAACCAGCGCAUGGGCUCCAAACCUCCGUACUGCUGCAUCUGCAUGCUCUUCCACACACACCAGCGGUCUGAAUGUGCCAACAGUGUAGACAGUCCAGUCGUGUUGGCUGGCGGGCGGAUGCGGACCAAACCUCUGAUCCCAGAGAUGUGUUUCACCACCACCACAGAGGAAGACUCCGAGUGUGAAGAGCAGCCCGUCACGCCUCACCUGGAGGAAGACGGAACCAGCCUCCUCAUCAGCUGCUCUCAGUGCAGCGUUCGGGUUCACACCGCCUGUUAUGGUGUGGAUCCAGCCAGUGUGAGCAAGGAGUGGAAGUGUGCGCGCUGUAAGGCCAACGCCAUGACCGAGAACUGCUGCCUGUGUUCGUUGAGGGGCGGUGCCUUGCAGAAAGCCAACAACAGCAAGUGGGUACAUGUUCUGUGUGCAGUGGCUGUGCUGGAGGCGCGGUUUGUCAAUAUCACUGAAAGAAGUCCUGUGGAUUUGAGUGGAAUCCCUCUGCAGAGAUUUAAACUGAAAUGUUACUACUGCAAGAAGCGGAUGAAGAAGGCGUCCGGCUGCUGCGUGCAGUGCUCUCAUGGCCGCUGUCCCACUGCCUACCACCCCACCUGUGCCCAGGCCGCCGGUGUACUGAUGCAGCCAGAUGAAUGGCCCUUUGUGGUCCACGUUACCUGCUGUCGACACAAGGGCCCCACUCAGAUCGAGCGCAAUAAAGCGGCCAUGCAUGAGCUGACCGUGGGACAGAAGGUCAUAUGCAAGCAUAAGAACGGCCGCUACUACCAGUGCGACGUGGUGCAGCUUUCUAAAGAGACGUUCUACGAAGUCAACUUUGACGACGGUUCCUUCAGCGAUAACCUCUUCCCUGAAGACAUUGUGAACCGAGACUGCGCUCAGCUUGGACCCCCACCCCAGGGUGAAGUGGUGCAGGUGCGAUGGACGGACGGCCUGGUGUACGGGGCCAAAUUUGUGGCAGCUCAUGUCAUUCAAAUGUACCUGGUGGAAUUUGAGGACGGGUCUCAGCUAACAACCAAGAGAGAUGACGUCUACACUCUGGACGAAGAGCUUCCAAAGAGAGUCAAAUCCAGACUGUCCAAAGCGUCAGACAUGAGAUUUGACGGGAUCUUUGAAGAGAAGGAGAUCAUCCGGGAGUCAAAGAGACAGAGAGUCAUCAACUCACGUUACAGGGGGGACUACAUUGAGCCUGUGAUUUACAGAGCCAUCAUGGAGUAAACCUAACCCCCCUGUCCGCCCACCCACCCACACACCACCAGCACUGACAGACUGAACUGUGCUCACUGUACCUUAACUUAACAGCUAGCCACAGAGAGUGUAGCUCCAGAUGACUCCCUUCAGGACCCGCUUGGGACUGCUCUCUUUUUUUUUUUUUUUUUUUUUUUUUUUUUUUUACUUCUCAUUUAUCCGUCUUUGCUAAGUCAAAGAGAACUUUGUUUGCUUUGUUUGACUGUGAGCUAGGAAACGGCAGUAUUUUUAUUUUUUAUUUUAUUUUUAGUUCAUUUUCAUUUAGAGACUUUACAACAGGCUGACUUUCAGCCGCAGCACCACAUAACAGAAGGAAGCAAUAUAAUAAUAAUGGCAUUUGUUCAAUAAAGUAGCAUGUUGACUUUAGGCCAUAAAUAAAAAAAAAAAAAAAAAGACAAGGAAGGUGUUUUUAUCUUAUGAAAUUAAUUGUUCUUUACUAAACACUUCAGUGUACCUUGCCACUUGAGUGCUAACUUAAGUUACAGCUGUAUUAAGUUGACGCUUAAGUCAAGAUACAACCAGCUUCAUUUUAUUUCUGUCCUGCUGCGAAGUAGUGCCUAUGAUAUGGAGCGUGGCAAGUGGUGAAGGUAACGUUUUGGUUCACCUCAAUACUUUGUAAAUGUUGUUAUAAUUAUUAUUACUCUUAAAAAGCAAAUUGCAGGUUGUUUUUUAUUUUCUGUAGAAAAUCCUGGAAAUUGUCUUUUUAAAAAGUUAAUGAAUUCAUAUCUUUUAUGAGAAAUAAAGACUAAAAAAUGAAAUAGUUAGUAGGCAUCCUAAGCAGUGAUCUUGAUAAUUUAUACCAACCCCAACAUGUAUCACUUUCCGGAUGUUGUCCUGGGGAACAGAGGCGUUUGAGACUAGUGCAGUUCCUCUAAACGCACAGAGUCACUUCACCAACAGCUGCACGUGGAAUUGGCACAGAAAUAAACGGUGGUCACAGAUGAAUUGGGAGAUUCACCUCAACAACAACAAAAAAAAAUAUUUUUUUGUAACGUUGUUAGCUCUCUCUUGCUCCAGUCUCACUCUGGUGCCAGUAAUCUUAGUGUUGAUUGGUGCAAAAUACGUUUGUCACAUCCUGACAAAUUACAGCAUUAGCUUCCAUCCUUACAUCAGGUCCCGAAACCCCCGUCCACUCCUCCUCUGGUUCCCCUCACAUCACAAAUUAUUCAUUCUCAUGGAUUUGUCUUAUUAUUAGUGUUCUGUUAAUCUUUGUCUGCUCUUCAGCUCUUUGGUGGCGAGCAGGCUCAUGAUAACAUUUUAAGGCUCUGUCCUUCAGUUUGGACAACAACACAUUUAAACCUUUUCUGCAGUGCGUAUCUAGCCUCUUAUCAUUCCAGUCUUUUUGCAAAAAAACAAAAAACAAAGUAAAUUGAAUGUUGUUCAUAAACAUUUUGGAGCUAAUGCACAGUCCUAGUUUCCUUUGAAAGCCAAGACUGAAGUUUCUGUCACAAAAGUUAGAAUCACUUUUUGAGAAAUUGGUACAGUUUGUGUGAAGCGAUUAAGUAGGGACCCCCUACCUAUUAUAUGUGCUCUGUAUUAAACUCGACCUAGUGCUAUAUACAUUAUUAUUAUUAUCAAUCUGGUUUCUAUUGAAGACAUACAGUUAAAAAAAAAAAAAAGAGAGAAGUGGUUUUGUUUUGAAAAAAUUUAAAGUUUGGUUGAAUCCUACAAUGACUUUUAUCCAUGACAUCAGAAGAAAAUACAUAAAUUACAUUUACUCAAACACAACUCAUGGACAGCUCUGAUUGGUUAAAAAAAUAAAAAAUAAAUAAAGGUACAAAAAGCUACUGCCGUCCCACAUAUGACCCAGGAGAAUGUUGAAGGGCUACACUUACUCAUUUUCCAACAAAAGCCUAAAAAUUACACACAAGUGAAGUGAAGUCAGAGUUUAUUUGUAGAGCACGUUUAAAACAACCUCAGUCGACCAGUGCAGUUACAGAAACACAAUAUAGUUAAUCAUAAACAUUACAACAAACAAAAACAACACAAGGGAUAAUAAUCAUUCAAUUUAAAACAAAUUUAGAUUAAAAAGAGAAUGAAAACAGUAAAAAAAAAAAAGACAAGGUUACUCGCUCAGUUAACCAACUAAUACGUUGAGGGUUUGACUCACUGCUUUACUUACCGUCCAGGAAUCAUAAACGUUUAUGGCUGUAAUUCAUGAUUGUUGUCGUUACUAAUUGCUCGUUUUAUGGUGUCGGAAAAAUAAGUACCGCCAAAUUCCCAUCACGACUUCCCCACGGUUAAGGUCAAAUGAUUAGCUAGGAAACUUCCUGUCUGAUCAGAUAACACUUCUUUUAAAAGACGGGUAAAAUUAUUAAAAAAAGUGAAGCCAGCGGUGUGAACCUGGCCCUUUCAGUGCAUUUGACAAUGUUUCGACAAGAGAAAAUUGUGUCAGCAACCCGACUUUAUAACACUCACAAGGGAAAUGGUGUAACAACAGCAACUUCAAAAACGGCUUUACAAGAAGAGAACCUGAAAUGAAGUAACAGCAGAAUGAAACAAGAUAGUAACUUAAGUCUCUCAGGAUUGUUACAGAUUGUUACACAAGAAACGGAACAAUGACAGCAUGUGUGUGUGUAUAUAUAUAUAUAUAUAUAUAGACUUACUGAAUAAGUCAAGGGUUUACACCUGUUCCUCCUGACUCUGUGCUUUAUGACCCUUGAUUUCUGUUACCAGCUCCAGUGAGAAGCAUUGUUUUGGAAAGUGCUAACAACAGGUUGUGUGUGGUUGCAAAACCACAUUGAAGUUUGCGUCCAUUUGAAUUCAGUUGGGAAAUUAGUUUUUGGAAGCUUUGUCCUUUGGACUGAUGAGAUAAAAUCUUCAAAUUAUCUGUAAAACAAUUUGGACGAAGUUAAAAUGCCAAUCAAAAGUCUGACAGAGGAAGUAACUCCUGUAUUGACGUCAUUGUUUAGUAAAAACAUAUGGGUUUGGGUCGGUUUUGUAAAGAGGGCUAAUAACUGUGACUCAAGCUGUAUCACAUUCAUGUACCAUUCAGGUUAAAAUAAUAGUAACAGAGAAAAACUGGAUCCAGUAAAACUGCAAAAUGCCUAGGAUUUUUUUUUUUUGUUUGUUUUUUUUUUUGUUCCUUCCCCUAAUAAAACUAAUCGUUUCAUCUCUAAAUGUUACUGUUAAAUGUUACUGCCGCCACCUGCCAGGCUCCAUAUUGUCUAGGUUGUGUAGGUGCUGCCACGCUCGUUCAACAUGCCGUCGCUGCAACGUUACAGAAUAAAGCAGGACCCCAACUUUGUAUUUUUCUCAAAUGGUGCAACGUCUCAAAUUAUUUUGUAUCCAAAAAAAAAAAAAAAAAAACAUUUUGUAGCUCCAGUUUGUGCUUCUCAUGUACGAGGAGUAGAUAUUUUAACCGUGAAUGUGUGACUCUCUGCCCAGAGAGUCGUUUUAACAGGCAGUCAAUCUACCCUAAAUGGUUCUUUACAUCGGGACGGAUGUGAAGUACUUUAAAACAAACCUGUGAGAAGUGGAUGUUUACAGCUGCUUAUGUGGAUUCGCGCUGGUCCCUCAGAGGCACCACGGGGGCUCUGGGACUUCAGAGCUGUUGUCAACUUUGAUAAUUGGGCCGUGCUGGCAGCCAAAUGGGAAAUCCCAACCUGACACAGCGUGUUUACAUAAUUCCAUUGAAUUGCAGCCAUCAAAAAAUUACAUCCCGGCGAACAUUGAAUAUCCACUUAAAACACGUGCACGUGGAUGAUUUUCACCAGAAACAGAAAUUCCACUAUAAAUAACAUACAAACAUGAUAAAAACUCUAAAAAUUAACUUCUUGCAACUGUUACAGGAGAAUAAUUUAACAGCAAACGAAACAAAAACCCGUUUUUUUUUUCAAAACUGCACCUAACAUCUGUAACAGCACCAAAUAAAUACUUCCCUUUUUUGAACAUUUUCAAGCACAAUUGUGCCAUUUUUAUCAACCUGUUUUUUUUUAAAAAAAAAAAAAAUAAAUAUGUUGUCCCGACAGUAGCAGCUGUAUAAACACUAUGCCUAAAGUCAGGAAUGAUCUGUCCGAGUAGUUAAAAAACGCUGGUACUUGAAAACCCUCCGUGCUGUUGAAUUUGUGUGGCGUUUUUGUUUGCGCAUAUCGAUAUUCGCUCCGUUUACUGAUAAGAAACCUGAUACGAAUUUGUAAAAAAAAAAAAACGUGGAAUUCAUUUGUGGCCUUACUAGUGUCGUGAAAGGAAAAUUCGAUUUACUAGCUAUACAACUGCACUAUUGAGAGGAGAUGAUAUAACACUUGUUGAGAUUACCGUGUCGUACGCAAACUGGAGUUUGAGGGAACUAUCUCAAACCUGGUUUCGCCGUUUGAAAGAAUCUCCACAGCACGGCCAGACAUUCACAGCUCCCACACGUGACUACGUACGUUUCCCCAGCAUUCCAGACUACACUGCUGUUUCAAAUGGACCCACAAAUAUAAAAUAUAUAUAUACAUAUAUAUAUAUAUUUAUGGGAGCGGAGCCAUGAGCCAUUUUAUUCACUGAUGAUGCCUCCUCUUUUUUUUUUCUUUCUUUUUUUUUUUUAAAUGCAGUUAGCUGCUUUAUUUUAGUGAACUGAAUGCAGUUCAACAUGUCGAUUUGUUUCUAAAGGGCCUGUUUAAUAGGUGCUUUGAGGCCGAUGCCGAGGUUGUUCUAUUGUUCUAUUUUUUCUACGGAAUAUGGAUGAAUUUUAAAGAUUUUAAAGAUUUUUAAUGUUUGUCUACCCAGUUUAUUGUUUUCCUCCACCCGCCUACUGAAAGUUGUACGUUUAAGUCCAGUCUGCGACGAUGUUUGCGCAGGUCUGCGUCGCCGUUGACGAUUUGUGUUAAAAGAAAAUGUUUUGGAGUGUGAGUUUUUACGUGUAUCAAAUGUCUCGGUUUCUCUGCCCCUCCCUCUCUCGGCCAGACCUUUUGAUCAGAUUACGUCUGUAACUUUUUGGGCACGGUGUCUGUAAACUCUUCCUUGUGUUGUGUGAGACUGCAGACACUGAGAACACUUUAGGCUGUCGCCGGGUAAAAAAAAAGUCAUGAGGUGCUUCAGCCCCGUGGAGAAUUAAUUUAUUUAAUACAGAAACUCUCAGCAGAGUUGUACGUGCGGGCGGGGAUUUUCUAUUCUAUUUUAUCGUGUUGUUUUGUAAAACCUGUAAAUGCCAUGUAGUCUAUUUUAAAGAUGUUAACCUGUCGCCCCGGGAGACGGGAGCCGUCUGUUCUCGUCCCCUCCUGAAGAGAAAUGAAAGAGCCUCCAGAUUGUCAUUCAAUCAUUUUGUAAAAGUCAUGUCUUUGUUUCAGUAAAGAACUUUUCUUAAGUGCUA